AAAGACGUGACGCACAUGUGGCCACCUGAUCAGUGCUGAACGAGUCUGGAGGAGAAGCAGGAGUACAUUAACGGCUGCUAUUUGUAGGAUUAGCCAUAUAUAUAUAUACUAAAGUAAAAUGAGACCAGGAUUCACUCCAAGAGGAGGUGGUGGCCGCGGAGGCUUUGGAGGAAGAGGAGGAGGCUUUGGAGGAAGAGGAGGUGGAGACCGAGGUGGAAGAGGAGGAUUUCGAGGAGGUAGAGGUGGUGGCGGCGGAGGAUUCAGGUCCCCUGGAGGUGAUGGUGGCUUUCGUGGACGAGGUGGCGGCCGGGGGACUCCUAGAGGCCGAGGAGGGUUCAGAGGGGGCAAAAAAGUGACUGUAGAGCCCCAUAGACAUGAAGGAGUUUUUAUCUGCCGUGGUAAAGAGGACGCCCUGGUCACAAAGAACAUGGUGGUUGGAGAGUCUGUGUAUGGAGAGAAAAGAAUCAAUGUUGAGGAAGGGGAAACUAAAAUGGAAUACAGAGCAUGGAAUCCUUUCCGGUCGAAGCUGGCCGCAGCCAUUUUAGGAGGUAUUGACCAGAUCCACAUCAAGCCAGGAGCGAAGGUCAUGUACUUAGGAGCCGCAUCAGGAACUACUGUGUCCCAUGUUUCUGAUAUUGUUGGACCGGAGGGGCUGGUGUACGCUGUCGAGUUCUCCCACAGAUCAGGCAGAGACCUGCUGAAUGUGGCCAAAAAGAGAACCAACAUUAUUCCCAUCAUUGAAGAUGCACGACACCCGCACAAAUACCGCAUGCUUGUUGGUAUGGUCGACGUCAUCUUUGCUGAUGUUGCUCAGCCUGACCAAACAAGAAUCGUCGCCCUCAAUGCACACAAUUUCCUGAAGAAUGGAGGACAUUUUGUUAUUUCCAUCAAGGCUAACUGCAUUGAUUCAACAGCUGCUCCAGAGGCAGUCUUUGCAUCAGAGGUUAAGAAGAUGAGCGCUGAGAACAUGAAACCUCAGGAGCAGCUGACACUGGAGCCAUAUGAGAGAGAUCACGCAGUUGUUGUGGGAAUCUACAGACCACCACCCAAGCAGAAGAAGUGAGGUUUCUCUGUGGAAAUUUUCAUCACUAGUCACAUUCUCCUUUACGCCUGAAAUAACUGCUUCUGCCACUAGAUGGACCCACAGUUUGCAAAUGACAAAAGACUGAUAUAACUGAGCCAUUUUCUGUGUGCACCAGGUUGGGAGUGUAUCCCUUUGUAUCUGAUUGGCACAGACAACAUAUUCUUUAUGGAGAGUAACUCAAGCCCUGUUUUUUUUCCUUUGUAUGAUCAUCCUCUGUCUUGUCAUAUACUGUACUGAGAGAUGAAUUUUGUGUUUUGCUUGUAAGAAUUAUUGGAAGCUAGAUGCGUUAUGUUAACUAAAUCAACAGUUUUCCAAAGCAUAUGUUUGUUAUUGUUUCUUUUGAACAUUUUAGUAAAAAAAUGUUAAUCCAAUGUCACAUUUUUUUCAGCUUGUCUGUAUUUUGUUUGUACAUCUCAAGAAGCCAGUUUAAAACUUAAUGUUGUGAAGCUGUUUCAGAAGUAUUCGUAUAAACCCUUAUCACCAACUCUGAAAGUAUUUUGUUAAGCUUGGUUUUUCUGGUUUUUCUCAGCCUGGCCAUCUGACAAGUGCCCAAAACCCCCUUCUGAAACAAGCAGAUACUCCAGCAAACUAGUUUAUGAUGAGUUAAACUUUUUUCUUACUGUGUGAGGCAUGUGUUUAUUAGAGAAACUGUUAGUAAUCUGAAUUGAAGGUAAAGAUGCUUCAUUGUCCAUAAGAUCUGUGAUCGCAAGACGGCAGUUUAAAACAGCAUUUUUAUAAAUAAAAAUUUAAAAUCAA